CUUGUUAUGAUGGGUAAGGAGUCAAUGCAAGCCGAAACUAGUCGCCGCUGUAGACGUUUGCGGCCGCGGUGCUUGGGGAAGCGCCGUACUACCUUGUUUAAAUUUUUUCUAAGUCGUUUCAUCGGAUCAUGUUGAUGUCGUGAAACAGAUAAGUUUCCCGAAGCAAGUGAGCGAAUUUGCCUGCGCCUAUCAUGGCAGCUACAAGAGAGCGCCGUGUCAAUGCCGGCAACAAGCUGGCCCAGCUACUUAAUGAUGAAGAUGAAGCUGACGACUUCUAUAAGACCACCUACGGAGGCUUCAACGAUGAAGAAGAUGACAAGGAAUAUGAAACUGAGAAUGAUGAAAGUGAUGUGGUGGACUCCGACUUUGACAUUGAUGAACGAGACGAGCCAAUAUCGGAUCAGGAUGAUGAGGAUGAGGGAGGAAAACGUCAGCGGCGAGUGGUCACCAAGGCUUAUGUGGAGCCCCUUUCAGAAAAGAAGCGGAAACGGACUGUGGAAAAGAAGCAACAGAAAACAGAGAAACCAGCAAAAAGACGGCGCACGCAAAGCUCCAUUGACAAGGAAGACAGCUCAGCUCUGAGUGCCUUUCCGUCUGCUGAGCGCAAGUCAGUGCGGAGGUCCACCCAGGCCAAGAGCCAGGAAACGGAGCGUAGGCGGCAAGCUCACGAGGAGCAACGCAGGCAGCGGCACCCACGAAAGUCUGGCGCAGAGCACUCAUGGCAUCCGACGCAGGAGGAACUGCUUGAGGAGGCCAAGCUUACAGAGCAGGAGAACUUACGCUCUUUAGAGUCUUAUCAAAGGCUUGAGCUGGAGAAGAAAAAAGCCAAGAUUGUCAAGAACACGAAUCGAGGCCCCAUGAUACGUUACCACUCCAUCUCCAUGCCACUGAUUGAAGAAGUGGAUGUAGAAGGACCCGUUGCCUCAACAGCGCGUUGUUCUCGCAACUUUAUCACGUUCCCAGAUGAAUCCACCCUGAAGGAGCAUUUUCCUGGCGGCCGGCCUAAGCCAGCAAACCGUAGCGUGUGUCCCAUCACGCGUCUGCCGGCACGCUAUUUUGACCCUGUCACGUUGAUCCCUUAUGCCAACCUGCAGGCUUUCCGAGUGCUUCGUGAAGCGUACUAUGCACAGCUGGAGCAGAAAGGGGAUGUUCGCCAACCAGAAGUGGCAGCUUGGGUUGAGUGGCGCAAGCGGAAUCGGGCCCAAAGAGCAGCACUUGCCAAUGCAAAUAAAGCUGCUGCCGCUGCCGCUGCUGCUGCUGCUGCUGCUGCAACAUGAAAGCAUGUUGUUGUACAAGUACUGUUGUAAAAGU